UCACAAAACUCCACUUUAACUGUAGAGGAGGAAGGACUUCAUUGAAUGCAGCUACCGUGUUUUUAGGUGCUAAUGGUACUGUGGAUAAAUGAUGGUGAAACAUUUUUAACUCCACAAGUUAACCGUAGCAGAGAAAAUAAAUAGACAAAGCCUAUCUAACAAUGCGAUUUUAGCAGCGACAUGUUUCGCGGUGUGUCCAAUCAAAAUUAUAGGUCCGGAGACAGUCAGAGACCAACUGGUUUUGCCAGUGCUCCCCCAAACGGACCUCCGCCUGGCCCUCGUUUUAAUACUGGAUAUGGAACACUGUACCAACCACCUUAUCAUGGCCAACCGGGUCUCGCGUACCGGGGUCCUCCGCCUGGUCACCCAAGUGGACUCCCGUCCACUAGACCUACGUUCAUGGACGCACGGCCUUUCGGCGGUGUAUCUGUUGAUCACAGUAUGGUCAUUACUGUUGGUAGCCAGCACAACAUAGCACCUCUCCAACCGCAUGACCUGGCCCGGAACUGGGGUGAAAGUGAUAAGGCAGAGGCAUUCCUCCGAAGUUUGGCUGCCAAGGACAGACAGACAAAGCCCAAUGGGAGAGAAGGAGAGGCAACAGAGACGACCUGGGGGCACUACAACAAGCAGACCUCGGACAGAGGGAAGAGCAGGAGCAAGAGUCCCUCGCAAAAGCAGAGAGGACACAGUCGCAGCCGCAGUAGGGGCAAGAGUAGAGGGCGCAGCCGUGCCAAGAGUCGGGCACGAAGCAAGAGUCGGGCGCGGAGCAAGAGUCGGGCGCGGAGCAAAAGCCGGGCACGAAGCAAAAGCCGGGCACGAAGCAAAAGCCGGGCACGAAGCAAGAGCCGGGCACGUAGUAAAAGCAGGGCACGGAGCAAAAGCAGAGCUCCAAGCCGCAGUCGGGCCAAGAGCCGGGCCAGAAGCAGGGCGCGGAGCAAGAGUCGGCCCAGGAGUAGGAGUAGGAGUCGGAGCAGGAGCUGUCCCAGGAGCCGAGGCCGGAGCCAGGUCAGAGACACUGGUGGUUAUGCAUUCAGCAGAGAGCCUGGGAGUGGAGGCAGUGGCAGCCACUCCAGUAUGUCUUCAAAGGUGGACCUUUUCAAUGAACUCAAGCAGCUUUUGCAGAGCAAAGGCCUGGAGGACUCCCUGUCUGUGGUGAAGAAAGCCUUCAUUACACAACAGGCACAGACCGCUCCACUGGCCAGUCCAUCUGCCGUGCCGGUCCAGGCGUCUGCCUCCCCGCGGCUGCCCGCUGCCUACCCAGCCGCUCCGUUUGAGGCGACCGACAGCUCGCUCCUCCCGCACGAGAGGGUGCAGCAGGACGGCAGCGGCUUCUCCCGCAUCCUGAGCAUGAUGGGCGAGCCGAGCCCGCAGACCCCGGAGCGCCAACGCCAGCCUCAGGCGGCCGCCGCCGCCGCCGCCAACGUGCCCGACAUCGAGGACGAGGAGGAGUUCCUGUACGGAGACAAGGAGCCGAGUCUCGCUCAUCCAAGCGCUCAGAGCGCCCUGGGGAGGCCACGGGCGGACUCUCAGACCUCGGCGGCGGCGGCGGCGGCAUCGACUCCGCUCCAGCAGUUCAAGGCGCUCCUGGGCGACCCGGGCAUGAGCCACAUCUUCAAGCAUGCCCAGUCGGCGCUGGCUCUGACUGGCAUGAGCCAGGGGGCCCCGGCGAAGAAGCGCAGCUCCACGCCAGAGUCCAAAAAGGACACGUCGUCCCACAGGCACAGAGCCAGCAGCCCGGCCAAAGACCACCGGGAGGGGACGCCCAGCGGCGCCGAGUUCGAAAGGGUCAAGAGCCUCCUGAAGAACAUGGGGCUGACUCUGAGCACGGCGGAAAUCACCAAGAUUGCUUCGAAGCUGCGUGACACGCCUUCAUCCAAAGGGUCGAAGUCGGAGAGCACGGACAGCAGGCAUUCUCAUAGGGAUAGAGAUAGCAGUCACCAUGAGAAGGAGAGAGAAAGAGAUCGAAGUGACAAGCAUGGCGGUGGGACGAAAAGGAAGGAACAACUGGUGAAAGAACUGGAGAACAUUUUAAAAACGGAAGGGUAUGGGAACUUGAUUCCAGUGAUUGGCUUCUAUUGUAAGCUGUGUGAGGAGUUCUUUGGGGAUCUGGCCAGCGCCCAAAGGCAUGAGGGCUGCCAGAAGGGUUCCAGAGAGUCGGGAAAGGGACCCAUGCUUAAGAUGUACAGCGACACAAAGAGUGGCUCUGGCCAUUCAUCGCAACACUCCACAGGACCUGGCCACCCGGAGAAGAAACGGCUUGGGGAAGAUGGCAAGGGAGCCCACCGCGAUGAGCGGGAACUGAGCCCGGGACACUGGCCCAGAAAGAGGGCCCGGGACGAGCCCGACCGUAGGGACCAGAAGGGUUCUGCUGUCAGGCCCGCAGAACCCAUCAGGGUGAAGGUAGAACCUGAGGUUAAGGAGAGGAGCUCCUCAGUAGAGAACGGAGACAAAAAAGGAAGUUCAGACAGUGACUCGGACGGUUCUACCAAAGGUGUCAGCCCCAAGAAAAAGAAAAAGAAGGAGAAGAAGAAAAAGAAGAAAAAGGAGAAGAAGAAAUUAAAGAAGGAGAAGGAGAAGGAGAAGGAGGGGAAGUCUAAAACAAAGUCCGCUUAGCUGUUACUUUAGUGUUUUUUUGUCCCCCCCCCCAUUUCGUAUUUUCCUUUUAGUUGGAUUCUUCAACCACAAGACAUGAUGUUCCUGCCUGGCGACUGCACUUUUUGCAACUCACAGCAUGGAGAAGACAACAGCAGCCAAUAGCAAUGACUUAAAACACCAGGAUCUCCUCAUAUCAUUUACAAGAAAUCAGAUGGUUAAAAAUAACAGUGUAGUACAAUUAUUUCAUGUUGGUUACCAGAAAAUCCAUUGUCGAUGUAUUUCAGUGUAUACAUUGACAUUCUGUUGAAUAUUUAGGAACACUUCCAUUCUGAGGAAGUGUGAAACAUUUUGUGAAUAUUUUUUGGAAAUAAACUCACCAUGUGGUUACCACAUGUUAUUAUUC